CCCGUUGUCCACAUGUCGUCCAUCCUCCUGACCUCGGCUCCCCAGAACCGGACCCCGACCCCGACCUCUGCUCUCCAGAACCGGACCUCCGUUCCUCUCAAUCAGACCCAAACCCAAGACACGCCUUGGGACAUCUUCUCCUCCUGCGAUGAGCACAGCGUUUAUUUCAACACGUUAUACGAGUUGUGGGAGAAGUGGAGGGAGGAUCCCCAAGACGCAACCAUAACCCUGGGCCGCAAGCUAGCAGGCCAGCGACCCGGAUUAGCCAACCACUUACCUGCUUACAUCUGUGACUUCCUGAGUGCUCCUCUGAGCGAGCCGCCUACUGGCUCCCCAAGCAGCCAACCGGGCCCUGUCUCCCUGCCGUCCAUAGAACCACCUGCCAAGCGGCCGGGCCGUCGAAGACGUGAGGCCAGGAGGCAUCGUGGCCCCCCGGCUCCAGUCUCCGCAGAGGUCGACGACGCCCCGCCUCCUGUUUCCGCGGAGGUCGACGACGCCCCGCCUCCUGUUUCCGCGGAGGUCGACGACGCCCCGCCUCCUGUUUCCGCGGAGGUCGACGACGCCCCGCCUCCUGUUUCCGCGGAGGUCGACGACGCCCCGCCUCCUGUUCCCGCGGAGGUCGACGACGCCCCGCCUCCUGUUCCCGCGGAGGUCGACGACGCCCCGCCUCCUGUUCCCGCGGAGGUCGACGACGCCCCGCCUCCUGUUCCCGCGGAGGUCGACGACGCCCCGCCUCCUGUUCCCGCGGAGGUCGACGACGCCCCGCCUCCUGUUCCCGCGGAGGUCGACGACGCCCCGCCUCCUGUUCCCGCGGAGGUCGACGACCAGUGA